GCGCGAGGAGGCACGUUUUUAAAUUCAGUUUGAUGUUUAAAUAAAAGUUUGGAUCUCGUGAGAGACGGACACAAGUAUCUGAGCUGCACGAGACUAACUACGGGUUUCGUCUCGUGACUUCUCCCGUCUGGUGUUGUUGUAGUUGGAUCAGUUUAGCCGAGAUGAAGCCGCCUGCUCGUAAACGGGCUAAACCAGACCGCAACCUGAACCCCGAACCGGUUCAGGCUCCGCGCAAAGUGAGCUGUCAGUGGCAGAGGGUCGAGCAGAGGAACCUCCUGAAGGCCCUGAAAACAUUUGGCAGGAUCAACCGAGGGAACGGAGACAUCGACUACGCUUACCUGAAAAAACACGUCCCGACUCGGCCCAUUUCAGAGAUCCAGUCUGCGGUGGAAUAUUUGAAGGACAAAGUGAUCUCGUUGGCGAGCUUCAAGCUGAAGAAGAAGAGAUGGGAGGAGAAGAAGGUCAGAAAGCCCAUCGAGCUGUGGACACACAUGGCUUCUGCUAUUGCCGGAACACGCGUGGAACCCAUUACCGCGGCUUUCUCUCAGAUGCUGAUAGUGUCGUCAACAGAGCCGUGCACCCUGAGGAACUGUGACCCUCCCCAGGUCCACAGACCCCCCACUGACAGACCUGUUGGUCGCACCGUCCCUUUGAGACCAAUGCCUCGGUUGCCAGUCAAAGUUGAGCGUCCUGGCACAAACACAGUUCGUCCUGUCGUGGUACUCAAGACCCCAGGACCAGCAUUGGGCCCAGCCCGAAGACUCCCGGCACCAUCCCAAGUGGUCAGAGUGCUAAACAGCAAAAUCCCUCCACCCCAGCAGCAGCUUUCUACCACGGCUGGAACCUCACCUGCGAGCACCCCCACCUCUCAGCCUGCUGCCACCUCCUGCCCACUGGAUGCGGCAGCAAAAAUACUCGCUGUGCCCGCUACUUCUCCACAACCCACCUCACAGACUGCGACCCCAGUUACAGGACAAGACACACCUGGUUCUGGCUCUGCAGCAGUGGUAAAGACUCUUAUCCAAACUACCCAGCAGCCCUCAGAGCAAAGCCCCACCACCAUCUCCACAAGCUCUACAUCAAAGUCCACUUCGUCGGGUCCUCCCCCAUCCCUCUCCUCCUCUGCCUCCGGCCAAACUCCGGUCCCCAGCACCACACCGUCCUCCGUCCCCCCCAAGCCCCUGCUCUCUACACCUGCCGCGGCGUUCCACGCCAAGUUUGGUCGCACCAGCAAGUACGCCACAAAAGACAGUCCCAGGAUGUUCGGCGUCAAGAGCGUGGUGGAUUUCGAGAGGAUCUACCGCUACCUGAGCAGCAUCCACCAGCCAAAUGAUGAGUGUCAUCUCACCCCCAUGGAGAGUGCCAUAAUGUUGGACCUGUUGAUGUCUCUCCCAGAGGAGCUCCCCCUGCUGGACUGCAAAAAACUGCACGAACAUCUGAUCCAGGUGUACCAACUUCUCUCAUCCACCACUGACUCCAAGAUGGCGGGAGAAAUGUUCAGAGAGCUGAAGGAUGGACUCUGUGCUCGUGACAACGAAAGAACAAACCACGAGCAGAGAGCUGCUGGGACAGCUGACGGCAGUGAUGUCACAGCCAGUGGAGGGAAGAAUCCGCAGCCGGAUGCAGCUGAGAGCCAAUCGUCAGGGAGCAAUAACUCAUCGGGCCAAUCAGGGGAUGCAGAUGAGAUGGGACUCUGCCCCGCCCUCAACCCUUUUAUGGUGCCGCUGAAACUGUUGACGCGCAAAUAGGUCAAAAUAUAAAACAAAUGUGCAGUAUGCUUUAGUUAUGCCUACUUUCUAUAUUUGUACAUCAUCUUUUUGGAUUAUUUGGUCAUUGUUCGUCCCUGAGGUUACUGGGCUGAACUACGAACCAGGAUUCUGGAGUAUUGAAACGUCUGGUUCAUCUUCUCGUUUGCUUACUCGUUGAUCAGAUACUUUAUUUCAGUUUUGUUUCGGCAAAGUUCUUGUUCAGCUACUUUUAUUUUACUUUUUUAGACAUCAUUAAACACUCAUUGAGUAGUUUGUCUUAUUUGGUUUCAUGUCCUGUUUUGUAGAAAGUGAGAUUCGAGGCUAGACCUUUUCAGGAUGGGUCUAAAAAGAGACUGGCUCAAACGGAGCGUUCCAGACAGAUAAUGAAAACUGGUAUUUUCAGACAGAGAGUAUGAGAAAAAGAAAGUGUUUUCUUUUAAAUUAAAGCAUGUAAUCCCAAAAUAUAAGAAUGAACCUGAAAAUGUGCAUUAUAUGUCUCCUUUAAAUGAGACAAAUGGUUUUGUACAGGGCUGCAGCUAAUGAUUUGAUUCAUUA